AAGUGAAAACUGAAUGGGACUCGACAUCGCUCGUCAUUCGUCAGCCGAGAUCGAUGGAGACAACUUCCUCGGCACGGUAGCUCAGGAUAACGAAAUGGAAUUUCAUCGGUAUUGCAUCGCGGUUUUAACUGUGGCCGCGUGUGCUUCGGCCAUCGUCGGCCCGGUCGGGAAUAGUUCAAAACUCGUAAUUGUCACAAAGGCCGAUACAUACCUCGAUGCCUAUUCGAAAUCCCGUGUGGACGCAGAAAAUGCCAAAGAAAGUGUUGUAAUAAUAACAGCCAAGGAUGGAGAGAAGAAGAUUUCAAAUCGCGACGACAAUUACAAUACUGGCUAUGAUUACACGCCAUCGUAUUCGGGAAGUGACAGCUACAGCGCUCCUGGCUCAAGUUAUUCGGGCUCAUCGAGUUAUUCACCAUCGACUAGUUACGGAACACCAGUGAAAUUUGAGCCGGAAGUAACAUACAAUUCUCCACCAAACACGUAUGGACCACCUUCGUCUAAUUACGGCCCACCUUCGUCAAGUUACGGCCCACCAGCCCAAAGCUAUGGGCCACCUUCUACGAGCUAUGGUCCGCCUUCGCAUUCAUAUGGACCUCCGGCUCCUAUUUACGGGCCACCAAUUCACAAACCGCUGGCUCCUGUUUAUGGGCCACCAUUAAAGCCUUCCUACGGAGUUCCCUACACAGCCCCAGGCUUAGGAUUUCUGGAUAAAUUGUCAUUGAAAUUAGAUAUUCUUACGAUUGCGAAGCUUUUACUGAAGCUCCUUAUAUUCAAGAAGAUCGUGACAAUGAUCGCUGUGGUGUGCAUGCUACUCGUUAUUCCUAAACUCAUCUCUUUCAAGAAAGAUAAGAAUGGUGGUGAUACUGAUGAGGAUGAACGCAAUUUCGGCGCCAAAAAUGUAGUGGAGUUGACAUCAGCACAGCAGUUACUAGAGCGCGCGAUUAACGUGUACGGACGCCAGAAACGCAACUGUGGAGUCACGUGUCGCGUGCGCAGAGUUCUGGACGACAUCUACGACUUUGAACCAUAUUUCAGGACGGGAUCGUCAGCAUCUAACGAAGUUCGCUGA